GCAAUUCUGCAAUUUUUAUUUAUUAAUAGAAAUAUCUGUGACAAACAGUAAAUUAUAAUUGAAUGAAAUGUAUUUGUAUUUAGGGAAUAUAACAGAUUAUGCCAUUAUUUAAAAAAAAAAAAGGAUUUGGAACUUGGUGUGGAUUGAUCAGGAAGCAGGGGUGUAUGUUGGAGGAAAGAGAGAGAGAAAUAAAAGGAGAGAACAAUUUGAACUGAACGGAAUUAAAUUGAACUGAAUUGAACUAAAAGAAAGAAAGGGAGCGAAAGUGUGUGUGAGAGUGUGUUUUGGGAGAACUGGGUGGAAGCCCAUUGCCCACGCAGGGCUGUGCUGUAUCGGAUAGGGGCGGAGUGUUCAGAGGCGCCAUGCGUGCGUGCGUGCGUGUGUGAGCGUGCGUGCGUGUGCGCGUGUGUGUGUCCGACCAGCAGUGAGCGCAGCAGCAGUCUCACUCUACGUCACACCUCUCCGACAGCUACUGUAGUGAGCGCUGUGCUGUUCCUCUGCCGUCCUUACAACUGGCUGCCGAUGUUUUUCCCUCGUGUCUUUUGCCACUCUUUUUUUCCACUGACCGACCGCAAAGCCUUUCUUCUCUCCUGUCGGCGUGUGAUAGUGUGUGAUAUCUCCUCUCAGACCUGAGCUUCGUCGCUGUCCGUCGCUCCACUUGGAAGUAGCGCUGUCGACGUUGAAGCGAUCUUUUCCCCCAUGCUUCAUUUUAAAGCGCCGCUCGACCUGGCCGUGUAUUGAGCCUUCGUCAGGAGAGCCCACACAAAUGACACCCAGUCUUUGUGCCGUCAAGUGCCGUGACAAAGCGCGCCGAGUAAGUACCGAGGCCAGGCGGAGAGGAGGAUGAACAUGUAUUAUGCGCCUGUAAUGAUACUGUAAGAUGACACCAGAGAGUGUGCGCCUUCUCCCUUGUUCUUUAUCGCUGUCAUUCUCCCUCCAGCUCUCUCUCAUUUGACAGUAAUGUGUGUGUUAUUACAUGCAGACCAAGCAAGUGAUGUUCAGCUGUCCAGGCUGUUUGUGUGUUUUGUAGCCUGACCCGCCAUCCUCAUGGUUCCGUAACGGAGCUUUGCAGCAGAACUGCGAGCUAUGCAUGUACGUAUGCAUGCAUGUUAGUGUGUGUGCGCGUGUGUGAAUCUGUCCCCUCAGGACCUGAAAUAGCAAAGCACCGAGGUGAGGGGGGAGGGGAAGUCAGAAGCACAGGCAUGGAAACGUGCAGAUCCUGUUACAGGAUCAUAAUAUCACUGAUGAUUCAGCGCACGCUCGCUUGUUCACUCAUUCACUUGCCCGUGCACCCCUUUCCUUUGCACACUCACACGCUCUCUCAUUCAUUCGUUCUGUAGAUCAUUCAUAUGCUCAUGCAUGCACUCACUCACUCAUUCACUUGUUCACGUCAUCUACAGAGAGUUCUCCUUUGCUUUUUCACUAACACAUUUAUAUUUAGUCAUUUGUGGAGUGGAGGAAGUGCAUAAACAAUACAAAUAAUUAUACCAAGAUCAAUGCAAAGUGUUAUCCUAGAUAUUGUCAGAAGAGUUGGGUCUUUAAGCCUUUGCAGAUGGAAUAGAAGGAGAGACUCAGGGCACUGAAACAGUGAGCAUGCAGUGCGCAUGCUCUGAUCAUAGACCUUUCACACAUUUUAUCCAUGUAGUCUGGUCCUUCACAUGAAAUUUCUCUUGUGUGCUGCUUAGUAUACAUUUUGCAGCCAGCCUAGCAGCACUGCAGUGUUUCCAGCCUCUGCUCUGACAGCCCUGUGUUCUCCUGUCCAAAGGCCCCAGCCUUGCUUUUACACUAAUUCUGGACUUAUCCGGUGCUCUGUUUCACAUGCUUAGCUACUGCCAGGAGUGGUAUCCAGGAAGUGAGCCGCAGCUGAGCCAUGCUUUUAAAGCUGCGCUGUAAAACCAAGUCAUCUUCAACUAUUUUACAACACGAAUAAGGAAGAAAGAACAAACGCUCUUUUAAUGUAGCAUCUUUUCUGUUCAAGAUUUUAUGUAGAGGGCGUAUGGAAACAGGGUCAUUUCCGAGCGCUGGUGCAGCAGUGAUGGCGAGGCAGUUUGCUGUGUUUCUCAGUGUCUCUGUGUGCGAGGGAACAGAGUGUGCUGAGUGAGGUGGGAACACGGCGCUCCCCACUCACUGUCUCUCUUUCUGCGCACUCUCUCCUCCUGUUGCCACUCUCUCACUCCUUAGUUUCAGGUCGGAGGCAAUAGGUAGCGGUUGCUUUUUUACACCGAGCCAGAACAAACUUUCCCUCCCCAAAUCCCAAUCUUAACCGCUGCAAAACACCCUACUAAACUUCUGUUGCUACCAAACUGUCCUAGUCUUGGCUCUUCUCCUCUACUCUCUCAGUGACCUUUCACCCCAGAGAUGGAGGGAAGAGGAUGGAGGAGGAGAAAAAGGAGAAGAGGAAUGUGCAGGGUGGAGUAGUAAUGGCGUUUCAGUGCUGCACAUAUCUGUCUCCACUCCUCAGAAUAUUGUAGACUCUCACCCCAGUGGAGGCUCAGAAUGCUAAUAUGAUGACAGCUUGCGGGCCAAUGUCAUGGCAACAAAGCUACAAUCUGAUAUAUGUUGGGUAAAGGAGCAAAGCGGAAGCUAGAUGAGGAUGAUGAGGGAGUGGAAGGCAAAGCGCUGGCGAUGGCUGAUGGCCUCUCCAAGGUCUCAUACACACUGCAGAGGCAGACCAUCUUUAACAUCUCACUGAUGAAGCUGUACAGUCAGCGAGCGCUGGCUGAGCCGAGUCUGGAGAAGCGCGUGCUCAUCAACAACAUGUUGCGGCGCAUUCAGGAUGAGCUGAAGCAGGAGGGCAGCCUGCGCCCACUCUUCUUUCCUCCCUCACCUCCUCCAGACCACCCAAUGGAUGAGGGAUUCCGGGAAGCGCAGCCUGCUUUUGGUGUACUCUCUGUGGUGGCUCCACCCCCUGUGUUAUCCCAGCAGCCCCCAGUCCCACCUCCGUCCCCAGCUCUAGCCAGCCCCACGCCGCUGGAUGCUUGCCUCACCCCGGCUUCUCUGCUGGAAGAGGACAGCGCUCUGUUUUGCACUUCUCCCUCUUCACUCCAUCAUUCUCCAUCCAGACUCCGCCCCCCCAUGGCCACUGACAGCUUCUCCUCGGCCCUGGAUGAAAUCGAGGAGCUAUGUCCAUCAUCCACAGCGGCAGGGUCUAUCACUACCUCCUCACUCACCGUGCCCCUUCCCAUGCCCCUCCAGUCCUCCAGCCAGCCCACCACAGCCUCAGACUCCAAAAACUGCACCAAAUCCUGCAGCUCAAAGCCGGAGGGGCCGAGCCCACUAGCUGUGGAGCGGUUAACAGCAGGUACAGCAGGUACAGCAGCUACUGAGCCCAGAGGGAUGGACACUCUCCCUACAAGUGGCUUGGACAUGAGCACUUUGCCAUCCUCCUCCUCUUCCUCAGGCUUCCUCACCGAUCUGGCCCUGGACGAUAUUCUCUUUGCCGACAUUGACACCUCCAUGUAUGAUUUUGACCCAUGCACCUCGGCAGCAGGGGCCUCCCCAUCCAAACUAUCACCUGUGGUGACGGCCGAUGACCUCAUCAAGACUUUAACCCCCAACCAGCCUUUCAAAAUGGACCUCACUGAGCUGGACCACAUCAUGGAGGUGCUGGUAGGAUCAUGACCACAUUUGGCUGGGAAUGCAAAAAUAAAUCUUUUUUUUUUUUAGAUACAAAUUUUAAAAACUCUUAAAUACUCUUAUCUCUGUGGGUGUUUUGUACAGUUUUUAUUUUUAAGGCAAGGCAAUUGUUAUAAUGAGUCGUGAUGUCACCCAGUACUACUUUUCAACACUGUGCAUGCACUGUGCUCGCCUUUCCAAAUAUGAACAUGAAGGAACACACUUGGCUUCUGUCAGACAUCAUGACCACUUGGUAAAUUCCUGUCUUUUUUUAAAAAAAAAAAAACUAUUAUCUGUAUUUAAUUUCUCAAAUAAGCAGAGAAGGAGUAGCAGCUCUCUUUCCCCUCCUCAGCGUACAGGUGCAAGAAUGUGCUUAACCAAGUCUAUUUUCGUAUAACUCUCAUUUUCAUAAAGCACAACAAAUUUAAAAGAGGAACUUGGUUUAUGUGCUUCUUUAGUGUUAUUGUUCAUAUGAUAAUAUUAUAAAGAAAUAUUUAAGUGAAUUCGCUUUAAAUUUAAUCUUGUCAAAUAACUUUUACUCUUUAGUAUGAUAAAGGACAUGCUUUACGCCAACUGAUGUAUUUAUACAUGAGCUUUGGUAUGAGAUUUACCUUUAAACAAAUUUCAGAUGAUCUGCAAUGGUGAUUUGGUUCAGGCAAUAAGUGCAAACAAGUGUGCAACAAGUGUGAAUUUCUUUUAAUGUGACGAGCAGUUCUCUUCCUCCUCAGAAAAAAAAAGGUUCAGUCCCUUUAUGCAAUGCAAAUGCCCAAAAUCGCCACCUUCGUUAUUUUCAGGUUUCUGAACAUUUUUACAUUUAUAUUAUUUUAAAAAUGUAAUUUCCUGUAAAAUUAUGACACUAACUGAUAGUAUGUGCCUGAUAAUGCAAUUUCAUUCAUUUCAUAAUUUAUGUCAUAAGCAGCCUCAAAUUAACAUUGAUUUAAAAAAUAAUCAAAAACAAAAACAAAACAUUUUCUACUUCUAACACUGGCAUCAUGUUUGCUUGUUUUAUGAACAUUUCCCUUACCCUCUCUUUGCCAGCGGUACAUUAUUCAUAUUGCAUGCAGGAUUGCAUCAUAACUGUACAAAAGCAAGCUGUAGGAUUUUAGGCAAGUGGGUUUUAUUUGACCUUAUGCUUACCAUUGGUUUACCAGUAAGUUUUGCCGAUGGUCACCAUGUCCUGUCUUGGCUCCUUGUUGUCUCUCUUGAUGGUUUCGGACCGUAGAAAUGGUCAGAACGAUUGGGGACAAACAUUGGAGACUUUGAAUUUAACACAUGCAUAAGUGAUGCUUGUCCACUGUUAUAGUUCAGAUUACCAGAGGAGAUUGUUUUCAUUUAUAUUUCUGAACGUUUGCAUUACCAGCCUUGAGUCCAUGGUUAAAAAGCCUGUGUGUGCAACAAUAGGCAACAUAUGCCUUUAGCUCUGAACCCACUGCAAGCCACUUAAUGCAAUGAAACUGGAUGUAGGGGAUUUAGACUUUGUGUUUUCAGUUCAUUUCUGACUAAUCACAUCAUACAUGUACAAAGGGACCAUUUCUCAUAUCAGCUGCUUAGUAUUAUAGACCUGUUUACUGGAGAGUGCUGUUAAUUAGUGAAGACUUUGUAACAAAUAUCAUUUCCCGUCACAGAUUUCAAGAGCAUCUUGGCUUCUUAGCAUAGUUUCACACAGGCAUUAUCAGACAGUGAAUUGUAAUACUGGUUCUUUACUAGUGUGACCAUUUUAGAUACAGGAUUCGAAAUGUCUAUUUACAGUGAAGCCUUCAGUGGGAGUAACAGAUCACAUCCUAUAGUGCUCAAGAGAUUAUAUAAGAAUUUGAAAAGAUGACGAUCAGGAGUAGUAUAAAGCCAAGCGGGCAAUACUAUUCAUUCAUAAUUAUAAUUACUGAUUAUUUUAAGUUGUUUGAAUUUGGAGUGAUUUUUGUUUUAAAUUAUUUAUUUUUCAUUUCCUGUGUAAAUAUAUUUAUUUUGAUGUGAAUCUACCAUCUGGAUUGUAAUAUGUACAGAUUGUAUGGUAGGAAUGUACUCUGCUUAUAGGAAUGUAUUAUACAAUGAAUUGGGUUGGAAGCCAUCUUUUUUUUUUGUUUUGGAAAAUGUAUUAUUUUUGUUUCUGUUUUGUUUCCUGUAUUAUAAUUUUGGGGUGGUGUUUGUGGCAGUGUUAAGGUCUACACUCCCUACCCCUGUUUAAAUAUGAGUAUUUAAUGUCUGUGUACUUCAUAGUGUGCAAGGGAAAAAAUUGUGAAGCAAUACUUUAUUCUCUUCAAAAACUUCUGAGGUUCAGACUCCAAAGCUUAUUUUUAGGAAAGUCUAUCUAUAACCCUCAAUGCCAAAACAUAUGAAGAGCAGAGACGAGUGCUUUGUGAUGCCGGUUACUGUUAGUAUGACAUGGUGUCUCCCUGUCUUCAGCCUGUACCCCAGACCACCUGUCUGGGGAAAUAUAACGAGUUCAGUGGUUUUGGAGAGAGACUACCAGGAGCUGAUGGGGGUGUGUAUGUGUGUAUGUGUGUGUUUUGGGGGGGGUUGGCCGGGGGUGGGGUGGGGGAAGGGGGUCCCCUUUUCUGCUCAGUAAGAGAGGCUGUAUUUUUCACAGACCUUGGGAGCUGUGCCUUUUCUAUGCAAUUACCGACAUAUUCAUUUUGAGGAAAACCCACCCACCAACUGAUGAUCACUGUAUUUAAAACAAGGUGUGGACUGUAGAAUAUAUAUAAAAUAUGGACAGGUGUCUAUGAAUUUGAAACAGUCUUACUUUUGUAGUUUUAUAUCAUACAAUAAACUAUUCAAAAUAAAAUUAA